CUGCGAACCCGAAUGUCCUGAAUACGCCGUAUUGGCAACAUUGCGGUUAUUGUAUGGAAAAAUGGUUGUAUGAAAGUAUGAAAUGUUUGUGGUUAGUGUGUAAAUCAAACCAUUUUGUAUUUUAUGAAAAAUACAUUAACGAUGGCCCUUGGAAUAAGGCACCUUAAUAAAUUUACAACCUUCUCAAGCAUAGUCUCUUCGAGAAGUAGUGUCUGCAACUUAGAAAAAAUUCCUAAACAAGUUUCUACGAAUCAAUGUGAUCAGUAUUCUACAAAACUAAGUCCAAAGCUAAGCUAUGAUAAGCUAAAAGUUAAUAGUUAUCUACCCAUUGAUAGUGUGAUAGAUAAUAGAGAAAAUGCCAAUGAUUUAGUGAUUAGAGAAAGAGUAUAUUGUAUUGACACCUUCUCUCUAGAGGAUUCAAAGAGCUUAUAUCUGAGAUACUCAAAUGUUCCAGAAUCAAGAAAUAGUGAAACACUGUUCACCGAAAAUCAAAAAGAACCAUCUUCUGGACCUAGCCCAGAGAAAUUGGAACAUGUAUAUAAUAUUCUUGGAGAGACGUUACCCAAACUAUUUGUUCAGUCGCUAGACUAUUCAAUAUACCAUCCCAACAUUAUAUUCGAAGAUCAUAUAAGAAACAUUAAAACAGUCGGUUUGUUUGCCUAUAUCAGGCAAGUGGCACUACUUAGAACCUUGGGACAUCUGAAGUUUGCUUACGUAAAAUUUGAAAUAAUGAAAAUCACGCAACACCCAGAAGAUUCCACAAUAAAAGUUCGCUGGCGAAUAAUAGGAAUUUCUGCUUGGAAAGUUAUGUUGACAUUCUGGAAAUUUAAGUUAUGGAACUAUAGAGAGAUGUUGGAUAAAACUGAGAAUUGGUAUGAUGGAUUCUCUACAUUUUAUGUGAACUCAGACGGAAAAGUGGUCAAGCAUGUGGCAGAUAAGAUGAUGCCUGAUUCGGACAGAAUAACAGAUGCUAAAACUAUAACAACAGCAGCCAAACUAGCAGCAAUUUUAGGACUAAUUCCGAAAUUUUCUGAAAUGGGCUAAUUUGACUGAAGAGCAUCACAAAAUGCAUUUUCCAUGUCUAAAAAUAUAUAGUAUUCUUGUCCCACAUACACUUAGUUUUUAUUCAACAGUUACAACUGUCAAAAUAGCACAGUUCUGAAUAAUAAUAUUUUGAGAAAGAAUUAUCAGAAAUGUCAUGAAUUUUCUCAAAUGUAUGAGAUACAACUUCCUUCAUCUAACUUUGGGUCUUCAUUAAAAAUACUAUUGUAUGUUAAAAAUAUUUAUUAUAAUAAAAUUGAAUAAAUUCUUGUGCGAAUCACAACUGAAAACUUUUCCUUCAGUUAUGGUCCUGAUGAGAUCGCAUUCAGUGACUUAUUUUUGGAUUCAGUCCGAAGUUAGUCACUUUUUGAUAUUAUUUAUGUCAAAUAUCAGCGUAAAGUUUUUUGUGCAGUCAAUUAUUUUCACUCAUGAGCUGUAAUUUUCAAAUUUCCACUUUAAAUUUUUGUGGAUGACAAGAUCAGUGUUACUUUAGAAAUUUUAAGAACUCAUCCGAAGUUUUCGUGAAACUAUUGAACGUGACGGUGUGAUAUUCAUAAGUCUUUAUAGUUUCUUGAGUAUUUGAGUAUCUGGAAGUGUUGACAUGAGCCUUUUAUUGUUUUGCUCUUCCUUCUCGCCCUGAGAUUAUAUUCAUAGCCCUGCAGGUAGAUGGAGCCUUGCCGGCGAGUAAGCUGAUGAUGUAGGGCAUAUCUGACACCACACGCACGUGCAUCCACAUACUAGAACUGCAACACUCUUCUCAACGCACGUUUCUACAACCAAAUUGGCAUCAUCGGCAAACGAACUUAUACAAAUUUCUCACUCUAACUAUGCAUUUUUAUACCUAACAGGGUACUUCCAGUCAAACAACCAUGAUUUCUUGAGUGAAAAUUAUUGGAAAAUUUUUUGUGAAGGUCCUCGCUUUUUCAGAGUCAUUCAUAUAUAAGUUACUAAUGAUCUGUUUGGAAUAAGACUGUUACCACUCUUAAAUGAAUCACUUUAUAAAAAAUAGUGAGAACUUUCAUGAGAAAUUUCUCUUUAAUUUGUACCCAAGAAGUCAUUGAUAUAUUACUUAAAGUAAAGGUGUACCUUUUAGAGAGAAAUAUGAACAUUUUGAGUUGAGAAUUAGUCUAGUUCAUCUUCAGCUUGUUCUGGAUUUAUUUUAUGCUGGAAGUUUUAGUUUUACGUUUCAGUAAUUAAAUGCAAUUAAUCAGGCAGAGGAAAGGAAACUCGGUCAAUAAAAUCCAGACACCUCUAGUUAGAAUGAAACAUUUUUUGUUGAUAGUUACCAGCAAAUCCUUGCCCAACAAUCAACCAACUGGAGAUAAUUAUACUCCGACCUAAAGAAAAUACAUAUAAUCUCAGGGAGAGAAGAAAAAAAACAGUCUUUUCACUAUCAAUAAACGCAAAAAACGACAAACUGUGAUAUUUGAAAACAGAACUACCGAUACCUUCUGACAAAUUAUUCAGCUUUCACCUUGUUCAUGAAAAUUUUUAGUGGAUAUUUUUGGUGUUCAAUUGGUACUAUCGUUUGUAUAUAAUACGUUGUGAUUUGAAAUGUAUAUUGCGUUGAUUUUUUUUGUAGUAUUAGAAAAGACAUGUUGAUAUUAUUCAUAUCUGUUAUACAUUUGAAUAAAAACACAAUCCAA